AUGCGAGUUGCACAGGAUUUGGAAGUACAAACAAAUGUGGAAUAUAACCAAGCUCCUAAUAAGUCGAAUGCAAAUCAGUCCCCACGCUUUACUCGGUUUAUAACUUCAAUGAGUGAACAAUUCAGAUCACUAUGUUGGAAUGUUGGUUUUAUUGUUUCUGUCAUCGUACUUUCUAGUCUUCCUUUGGCUACCAUUAUUGUCGGUGGAGUAAGAAGAUUUGAAUGUCCAUUUGAUUCAAGAAUGCCAAUAUGGCUAAUUGUCUUUGGUGUAGUAGGAAUAACUGGAUGCUUAUUUGUUAAUACAAUGAUGAUUAUAAGAUAUAUGUGUAUUAAUACAUCGAAAUUAGCUAUGACCAGAUUCAUCGUUAGUAUAAUUGGUAUUAUUUUAUUUUUGUUGAUUAUUUGGUCAGUUGUAGGUGCUUCAUGGAUACUCAAAAAAGGUACUCAAUAUCAAUCGAACAAUUCAACUGCUGAUAAUUAUUGUGAUGCUUCCAUACAUAAACUAUCACUUGGGCUUAUUGUUAUCGGAGUAAUUCCGUUUAUUAUAAUAGCUACGUGUGUUUAUUGUUUUUGUUGCAGGCGUGAUUAA